CACGGCGUGUGGGAGGAGGGAGCAGCUGAGAGAGGCUGGCCGACAUCGGAGUGCCUCCUCUGGAUCACCGUUUGCUAGACCCCGCUGACUGCUCGGAGCUUGAACAUCCAACUUCAGACCAACUUCACAGCGGAAAUCACAUGGAUGUGCUCCAGUGCUCACAUGACAUCCAGAGCCAUGGCAGGAGAGAUCAAUGAAGGUUCAGUUCCUGCUUAUUAUAGAGAAGUGCAUGAGGCCAUCUGCUGCAGGACAGAUGAGAGAGUACAGACUGAAGUUUUUCAGCGGCUCCUUCAAAGGACAGACCUGUCCAAGGCAGCUAUUAGUCAGAUUGCUGAACAUGUCGACUCCACAGAUGGAUUCCUUACCAAGCUGUCCCUCUAUAAAGCUCUAGCUUUAAUUGCUUUAGCCCAGCAAGGGAAACAACCAAGCCCCAAACUCUUUGAGAGCUUCAUACAGGAGUUGCCAAAACCCCAGCUCGGAGAGCCGAGGGAGCUGAGAGCUCUGAGGAUGCAGCCGGCUCAGGACGACGUGCUGACCUUAGCGCAGACGCUGGAAACGCUUCUGGCUAAAGACACAGUCCAGGUGGAGCUGAUACCAGAGAAGAAGGGUCUGUUCCUCAAGCAUGUGGAGUACCAGGUCACGAGUCAGCGUUAUAGAAUAUCGGUUUAUAGGCGGUACAGUGAUUUCGACGUCUUCCAUGAACUUUUGCUUCAGAAAUUUGCCUACAGAAUAGUUCCAGCACUGCCGCCUAAAAGGAUACUGAAGGGAGUCCUGACUUCCGUGUCUGAGCGGGAGUUCAUUGAAGGGAGAAAACGAGCUCUGAACAGAUUCAUUAACCUCGUGGCCCGCCAUCCCUUCUUCUCCGAAGAUGAGCUGGUCAAGACCUUCCUCACCUUCAGUGGCUCUGAUGUCCAGACCAGGCUGCGUGACACUUGCAAGAAAAGCGGUGAUGAGUUCAUGACCAACAGAGUUGCAACCCAAGCUAAGGAAUAUCUUCCAGCAGACAUUCAGGCUCAGUUCUCAACAAGCAGAGAGCUGAUUAAAAAUAUCCACAUCAGCUUCCAGAAGCUGAGGGACAGAGCUGAAAAAAUGGCUGAGCGCUCAAAGGAGAAUGCAACUGAUCUGCUUCAGUUUGGUCGAGAGCUCAGUGCCCUGGGCUCAGAUGCAUCAACUCUUCCUUCCUUGGCCCCCUCACAAAGCAGCUGGGGAACCCUGCGUCAGUCUUUGAAAAGCCUGUCAGUGGAGUUUGCUGUUUUGUCCGACAAAGCCGCUCAGCAGGGCAGACGAGAAGAGGAUGAUGUUGUGGAAAAACUGAACUUCUUCCUAGAUCUGCUGCAGUCAUACAGAGAUCUCUGUGAGCGUCAUGAAAAGGGUGUGCUUCAUGAGCACCAGAAAGCGCUGCACAAGUAUGGCGUGAUGAAAAGGCAGAUGAUGAGUGCUACUGUUCAGUCCAAAGAGCAGGCUUCAGUGGAGCAGCUGGAGUCACGAAUCGUUCAGCAAGAAAGUGCCAUCCAGACCAUGGAGCUACGCAACUAUUUCUCCCUGUUCUGCCUUCAUCAAGAGACGCAGCUUAUCUUCACCUACCUUCCAAUAACCUCUCACAUUCUCGGGGCUUUCGUUAACUCCCAAGUCCAAGGACACAAAGAGAUGGGUGAAGUGUGGAAUGAGCUGCAACCAAGGCUCGGAUGUCUCUUUGGCAGUAAAAACGGACUAAAAACUCCAAUCUGAAACCCGUAGAAGAGAAACACUCCAACAGAUGAAGAUCAACAACUGGAAAAUAAAAAGCUCUGUGAGCUUAUGCCUACGAAAGCCUAUAACAUGGCUUAGAUUCCAUCCAAUAUUAUUAUUUAAAAUAUAAAUCCGGAUAUUAUCUACAGUCAUUAACUUCUUGUGUUAAUUUCUGCUCUGGAAUAUUGCUCUUAUUUCAGGAUGAAGUAUUUUUCUUUUUCUUUUACAAUUUUAAGCACAGAAACAAAAAGCUAAAGGUUGUUAUUCUAUAAGGGAUACAAGCUGGAUAAAAAAACUGGCGUAUAUUCAGACACAUAUUUUUAAGUAAAUAGUUUAUGGCUUUUUAAGUUAAACACACUAAAAUACUGACAUUGAGUCUUUCUGGAUGUUUUUAUUCAGUCAUUUUCAUGCAUAUUUCUGAAAAGCUUUAUCACUAGAGAUUUUAUGUUUCUAAGUAUAGUUUAUAUGUUUGACAAUUCUGUGACCUUUUGGAUAUGUUGACAAAUAUUUUGAGACUUUUGAUUUGUUUUCUAUAAAAUAUAGUUUGAAACCUUUACAUAUUUUUAAAUUGCUAAAGUAAUAAAGGGGACUCCCGAUAAACGAAGAGCUAACUUGA